CUGUCAAUCCUUCUAUUCGCCAGGAUUGCCGUAUGGCGCCGUCUUUUCUACACCCGAAAUCGUAGAAAGAAAGGUGCCACCGUGACGGUGAACCAGAUCAAACGCAUUUUCGGCCAGGCUGCUAAGGACCAAGAGAUAGACAUAAUGGAAUUGUGGCUGCACUCGCGACACUAUAGCCAUGGCCUGACAGAGGUCAACGUGGAAGAGAUGCGUCAGCUGCUCAAGGACUGGUGUGGAGUUUAG